AUGGCCGAAACAUCAAAUGAACGCCUCAACAGGCUGCAAGAGGCGGACCUAGGGACGGCUCGAAGAGAAUAUAUUUCGACCGUCGAUCGUGGGUUCAAUAACAUGCGAGUCCAGGCCAUCGAGGCCUCUCGGAAGUCCAACGUACAGGGAUCGAAAGAGCAACGAGUCGCUGAAGCCAACAAAUCCCGACUAGAGGGUUGGGCUAAUGUGCACAAGAAAAUCGGUGACACGGCGGAUCUAGAGGACCUUGAUCACCUUUUGAAUGGACAAAGCCACCGUUUACGGCUCGACAGCAUGAUACGUGGGGGCAGUGUACAGCAAUUCGGACAUACGUCUCAGGUUAAUUCGUCUAGGUCGGUAUCAGCAGCAGCAGCAGGACCGCGUGCUGCUCCGUUGAACCAGCGCCCUACCAGGGCCUCUUCAAUGGCUAUGAAAUCCUUGCCUAACCCACCUGGAAACUGCAGUGGGCUAGAUCCGGCACUUAAUAGAAAUAACCCUUCCAGUAACACCGCCGUAUGGAAGAAGAAACCAGCAGGCAGAUCCGCGAGCAGUGCGCAAAAUGCUCCACUAACUAGAAUUAGACGGCCUCUUAAUUUCCCCCCACGAGCUAUUUCCAGCCCUGAAGAUUUCCUCGCCGUCGCUCGCAUGGUCACCGCAAAUCAAAGAGCAGGUAAACCACCGACUGAAAUACCGAAAGCUCAGGGUCCCGCAGAUGCAGAAGUUCAUCGUAAAGGCGAUUUGUCUCUCACCCCAGAAACGCCGUCUAAGCCUAAUCAUCAAAAGUCGCCAAUUGGUGGAGUGCCGUUAAGCCAAAAAGUCACAUCUCAGCGCGCAGUUUCUCCCACGCCAGUGAACGAGGUCGAGUCGUCUGAUAAUAGCUUGAGUUCGGACUCAACGAACCUAGACUCGCCUGAAGAAACGUCUCAGGUGCCACCAGUUGGUACAACUGACCAAGCAAAAGAAGAAGGAAGACUCGAUACAAGACUACAAGACUCAAGCGCCAAUCAGACCCUCGUCCAAGCACAGCGCCCUCAGAAGGCUGUCGGGAUGCUCCUGGAUUUGAGCUUUGCAACAUCAAUAGAAUCUGGACCGGAGCCUGGAAUGAGCCCAGCUCUGGAAGAAUUGAAAGGGCUGGAGUUCACAAAAUCUCUCGAGGCAAAGGAUCCGCCUUUUACUCUUGCAGGUGUCAACAGGAAGCUCGACUUUGGCGGAGUUUUACCCAAAGAGCAGAAGUCAAAUGAGCUGAGUGAUAUAGAAGCAACCACUGACCUCGAGGAUGACGAGGAAACCGCUGCAGAGUACCAACGCGAGAUCGAUUUAAUCUGCGAUCUCUUAGCAGGCUCUUUCUCCGAUACAUUUUUGUCUAAGAUGACUGAAUGUAAAAAAGAAUUGGAGACCAGGCUCGAACUAGGUCGAACCCCGAAGUUAAGGACAACGGCACGAAGCGAGAAGUUUUUCACCCCCCCAACUAUUCCUGAAUCCAAGGAACUCGGAGCUGCUGUUUCUGUAGCCGCUGAAGUUACACCGACGCAUAGUCGCAAGACAUCAGAGGCUCGGAUCACAACUCCUACAUCGCAAUCUCGUUUGAACGCGGCAGCACCAAAAUUCAUGCCAAAGGCAUUCACGGAGUACCGGUCAUUGUCAAAUGCCACCACCGAUUCAUCCACGAGUUUCCAGCCCACGCCCACGAAGGCUAUCACCGAGCCCCAAUCAGAUUGUGCAUCGAGCGAAUUAACAAUUGUUCCGGCGAAGGCAGAUAAACCCCCAGUGGGGACUCGUGCUGAGUCCAUCUCACCUGAAUUCCCAACAACCAUUCAGCGAGCUUCCAGUGGUACCCUACUUGGGGAUCAUCUACUACCUGGGGCCAGUACUAGGAAGGCAGAGCAACCUCACCUCUUCGGUGACCACUUACUUCCUGGACGUCGUGUAUUUCCCUCUCUAUUUGUGCCAUCGUCUACCGUUCCAGUAUCCGGACCCACCCUGGCUCAAGCGGCUGCCCCUGAUUUCGGUCCUAUUACAUUCUCCUCCACUUCUGUUCCCCGGCCAUUGAAGAUUGUUGAUCCAAACGCUCAAGUAGCUAGCAAGCCAGCGCCUGCAAAAGGUUCUUCACUCACACCGGAUGCACCGCACUUCGAGCCGCUGAACAAAGCUGCCAGCAUUAAAACCUCAAAUGCGCCGACCCCCAGUACUACAGCUAAUGUCGCAGUUAAGACUGCUAGAAAAACAACCUCAAUGAUGGAGUCCAUCUAUGCACCGAAGCCGAAAGCAGACUCAAGCUCCACGGGUCCAAAGAAACUUCCAGUUGGCCAAGGACUUUCGGCCUCACGGUAUUCUGAUCCCAAAUGGAUUUAG